GUAAGGCAAACAAUUUUAUAUAUAUAUAUAGAUAGAUAUAAUGAUAUGUAACAGAAGCUAUAAAAUAUGUAACAGAAGAUUCUUUAUUUUUAGUCAAAAAAAGAAAAAAAAUUAUUUACUUCUCGUAAAAGAAAGAAACAAAAACAAAACGCCAUCCAUCGACUUUUAUUACAAAACUCUCCCCACCAUCACUUCUUGUUCUUGUUUUCUUCCUCUGAGACCGAAAUGGAAGACUUCAGAUCCAGAUCGUACGGUGAAGGAAGAAUAUCAGACCGAAGUUCGGGUGGUAAUAGUAGUAUGCAAGAUUUCAGGUAUUACAGCAUUUCCUACACCGAUUACCCGACCCGGAUACCCCAAGAUAACCCGAACCGGAAGAAAGAAAGAUCUUCGUCUUCGUGGGGAUUUGUGGAUCCAGAUUUACAGAGGAAGAAGAGGGUUGUGAGUUAUAGAGUUUAUACUGCUGAAGGUAAGCUUAAAGGCUCUUUGAGGAAAAGCUUCAAGUGGAUUAAAGAUAAAUGCAACAAAAUACUCAAUUAAGUACAAUGUGCUUACUAUCCUUCUAUCAUUAUUUUAUAUGUGCGUGUGUUGAAAUCUCCGAGUUUGUGAUGGAACUACAAGAAAGUAGAUAUGAUAUCAAGUUCGUACUUGGAUUAUGUUUUUUCUAGAUUGAAUAUGAGAUGAGUGAUUAUCAUAAUAAUUUAUUAUGAUACGAUUUUUGACAUAUUCUAAAUCAUUUUAGGAUAUGAAUGUUUUAUACUUCCUCCAUUUUUAUUACUUGAUACUAGGUGAUUUUCCCGUGCUCAUGCACGGGUGUAAAUAUUUCUAAAGUAAAUAUAUUAUAAUAACUGAUUGCUACUUACUUUUAAUUUUAAAUUAAUUUAUAUUAAUAAUAUUAUAUUACUUGAAUAAUACAUAUGAUUUUAUAUAUGUUAUAUCUAAUCGGUUUUGUUGUUUUCAGUUGAUUUAGUUAUCAUUUGGGUAAAUUAGAUUGCAUAUAUGAAUUCAAUUAUAAUAUUUUUUAUUCUAUAUAUUAAAAUUUUGAUUAACUUCUUAUUUGCAUUUAGGUGGUUGUUGUCUUAGAUAUGUAAAUAUAUUUUAUGAAGAUUAUGUAUAACUUAAGAUAUGUUGUGCUUAGAAUAAAAUAAAAAUAAAUAAACUAAAGUGUCUGAUUCCAAAUUACAUAAAUUAAUA